UAACCGCCACAUUUCGGACGCCCGGGCUACUUUCGCAGAGCGGGCGCGGCAACAUUUGUGGAUCACUAUUCCCUCAAGCCCUAAUUUAAAGAAAAAUAAUAAUUAACAAUAGCAAUAAUCAGCAAGCCCUGGAAACAGAUUGAAUUUGUUUUCUGCUUCUUGAUUUCAGAAGCAAUCGUUCGUUUUGUGCCUCUUGUCAAGGAUCUCAACUUUGUCAAUUGAAGUGAUGGCUGCUAAGAUUCUUGCAAACUUGAUUGUGAUGGGCUCUGGAAUCUUGGCAAGGGCAUUUGUUCAAGGAUACCGUCAGGCACUUGCAAAUGCUUCUAAAUCUGGUGUUGCCCAAGAAACAGUGCAGAAUAUUAGGAGAGCAAGUAAAAUUAUGGCUGAACCAGAAGCACGGCAGAUUCUAGGUGUCACGGAGCAUUCAACAUGGGAGGAAAUCUUGCAGAAAUAUGAUAACUUAUUUGAGAAGAAUGCUCAGAAUGGAAGCUUUUACCUGCAAUCAAAAGUUCAUAGAGCUAAAGAAUGCUUAGAAGCAGCAUACCAGAAGAAAGGUCAGGAUGCUACUAAUGCAUGAGUUCAUCAAGUUCGGCUGCACUUCAAAAUUUUUCAUUUAUUUGCAGUUGCAUCUACGCAACCUUUUUGAUCUCCUAGAAUUUGAUAAAAAAAAAAAAUACAUCCUAGAAUUAACCUCCUGGAUUGAAUGUAAAGUUUAUAGGUACUACUCAAAUAUUUUUACUUUAAUCUGAACCCUUCCAAAUCCUAAAUCUUUCUUGAUUUGGUUGUAAUUCCAUUAAUGGAGUAAACUUUUGUACA